AUGACUUCCAUUUCCUGGUACAGUCGGCGGCUCAGAUACAUCCCAAACACCGCUGACUGAGCGACCCUGUUGGAUAUUCUCUUCUUCUCUCCCGUGGCUGACACUCCAAACUGCAAGGCGACCAUGUACCGAUAUGCUGCAGUUGUUUUAUCCCUCGCCCUGGGAAUCGCGUUCCAGCUUUCACACGGCACUGAGGUGAACGUCACUGACAAAGACAACAACUUAUGCCUCUAUGCCAAUCUAAUGGUCAACUUCUCAGUCUCCUAUGACACAACUGACAAUAAGAGUGCAACAACCGAGUUUGAACUUCCUGAAACAGUCACAUCAGAUGGAAGUAAGUGUGAUACCACAAGCUCAUUGUUGAAGAUUAAUUUUGGAGAAGGACACUCCUGGAGCGUGAACUUCACCGUGAAUGGAAAAAUGUACCAGACAGACACCAUUACGUUUUCCUACAACCUUGGUGACACAAAAUUCUUCCCUAAAGCAUCAACAAAUGAAACCACAAAUGUCUACGUGAAGCCUCACAUUACAGAUGUAGGCAUGGACACCUGCUACUCCUGCAAGAGUAAAGAGGUGCUCGAAGCUGAUUCGGUCAAUCAGACGCUGUGGAACGUGCUCAUACAGGCUUUUGUCAGUAACAACAUCACGAGUGAAAACAUCACUUCUUGUGCUGCUGACGUACCCACAACCCCGGUUGCCCCCACCACUCAUGCCACCAGCACUGCGGCUCCCAUCACAAAUGCUACGUCCACUGUCCCUACUACCACCACCACCCCAACCCCACCCCUCCCCACACCCACCACUGGGAAGUACAACUUCAAGCCCAAUGAAAACAGCACAGUUUGUCUGAUGGCUUACUUUGGCCUCCGGGUUGCUUACAAGCAAGCUGAGAUGAACUUUGACCCCAAUGGGACCACCAUCUCUGGAUCAUGUGGAGACAACACCAGUGAGCUGGUGGUGGUGUCCACCAAAAUGACUAUCAUGCUCACUUUUGUCCAUGACACAAAGAAAUUCCGCCUACACGCUCUGAACAUCACUGGAAAGACGAGCGCUGGUGUGACGUUCUCUGAGGCGAACACCAACCUGAGUCUGUGGGAGGCGGCUGUCGGCAGCUCCUACAUGUGUAACAAGGAACAGAGCUACAACAUCACCAGCCAGCUCACCAUCGACACCUUCGAUCUUCAAGUUCAGCCGUUCGGAGUCAAGAACAGUGUUUUCAGUACAGCCCAUGAAUGUUCAUUGGAUGACACCAGCAUCUUAAUCCCAAUCAUUGUUGGCGCUGCGCUGGCUGGCUUGAUUCUCAUUGUAGUGAUUGCUUACGUGAUUGGUCGAAGAAAGACUUAUGUUGGAUAUCAGACCCUUUAAAUCCAGUGUGCAAUCAAUAUCACGGGGUUCCCAAGCCUGGUCCUUGGGUUUCAUGUGCAAUUGUUUUUUAAAUUGGCAAAUAACAUAAAGAUUCAAGAGUCAAAAUCUAAACUGAAGUCUCUGCUGGGAAAAAAUCUGCAGUGCUGGAUUUUAUUGGUCAUUAUGAGACAUGAAAAGCACAUGGAGUGUUUUUGAAUUGCAGUGGAGGGUCUUUAAUGAUGAUAUAAUACUGAGUAAAUCCAUGUAACAACAGAGGGUUUGGUGUUUUUCUCAAGGACCAAACUUGUCUUCCCCCAAUGUUUGUUUCUUUUUUGUUGUUUUCUGGAUGUCUCGUCUUUCCCUUAUUUGUUGUGUUUUUUGUUAAUGAGCAAGUGCAGCAUCCACACAACCCUUUUUAUUUUAAUUUAAAGGUAUAAUAUGCAGAAAUUGACAGCUACUGCUUGUAAACAGUGUCCCCAGCAAAAGUGGAAGCCAACCCCAAAUGCACUAUAUUUGUGAUUUUGGCACCAUGUCCAUGAUCCCAGCUUCCUUUAGGAUGCGUGCUGCGUACAGUCUGGCACCUGGUUGCUACCUUUUUAUUAAGUCCCGACUUCACCUGUGCUGUCUCAAACAUAGUGGGUCAUAAGUGAUGACUGAGGGAUUCCUUUUGUAUGAGUCUAUAUAUUUCCUAUAAGGAAAGUCCUUCACCUUCAAGUAUAUAUAUUUAGAGUUCCUAUGCAGGUACAUCACACUUACGCACUAACAAAAGCCUCUGGACUUUAAUUUUUCAAGUGUUUUUCGAUGACUGACAGUCUAAAUUCCUUGGAUCCUGCACUUGCUCUGCAGACAUUCCCUUGUUGUUUUCUUUUAUCAUUAUUUAAUCUUUGUGCACAUUUUAGUUCCUUUUAUGGUCUGGCUUUUCAUCCCCACAGUUUUUCAAAUUAAGACAUAAAAGAGUUUUCAGCAGCAUUUACUUCACAAAUCAAAGGUAGAUUGUCGGUCAGAUUUCUUUCUUUGUUCCCAGAAAUUCAUUAACAAGGAUGAAGGUCUACUCCAUUUGGAAAGUAGUCAAGGGAAAUAUGCUUUAGCCCGUGUUUGUCCCCUGUAGAGCAGGAGAAACAUUGGAAUUAUUGUCCUGAUUAUGGGGCUCCAAUCAUCAUAUUAAGAAUGUGAAAGUGUUUGUUGUUUGAGCAUUAAUGGACCUUUUUCAUGGUGGACAUUUGGGCAUCAGGCAGCAAAAGUCCAGGUGUAACUAAUGACAUUAACGAGUGGCCCUGGAACUGGCAAAUCAUUAAAUCAUUGUUAGUGUUAUUAACUACACCUGUGCUCUUCCUGCUGCACCACGUCCGCCAUUUUAAAAGGUCUCUUACAUUUGCACACGCUGCACUCAGAGAAUAAUAUUAAAAGAAAGGCCAACUGUUAUUUUCUCACUCAACACAUUUUGGCAUUAGGUUUAGAAAAGGGAGAGUUUUGAUAUGUAGAUAGUCAGCGCAGAGAAUUCUGAAACAAGGAUAUAUACAUCUAAAUGCACUAAGGCGCUCUUUACAUUUUUGCAUUAUGUUGAGUCUGUUGUCACAUUAUCUCACCUGUGUAUAGGCGUGGGCUUGGCCUGAGCUCUGAGGGCUGCAGCUGGAUCAGGGGACGUUAAAGCCCCUGAGAGCUUUGUUUCGAAUCUAAAGUACUUCUCUGUAACAUUUAGCAUUCACAAAUACACAAGCAGCAAUCCAAAAAAAGGUCCUGAGGUAUUUCUGCACGAACUGUUUAAUCCAGUUAGACAUUUUAUUAAAUACGCUUAUUUGCUUUCUUGCCAAGAGCUAAAUCAGACAAUUUAUAGCACUCUCAUGUCUGUCAAGCUACAUCAGCACAUGCAGCUCAUACAGCACAAAGACUGGAAACAGAGGGAAAAACUAGUCUGGCUGUAUCCAAAGCAAACAAAACCGCCUACCAGUCCCUCUGAUGCUCACUUAGCAUGUUGCAUCAUGUUUGUUUGGAGUGGUAUCAGUCUUUUCAUCUGACUCUCAGCAAGAAAGCAAGAAGGGUAUUUCCCAAAAUGUUAGACUAUUCUUUUAAAAGCUUUUUCACUCCAUCAGGACCUUGUAGGUGAGGUUUGAUCCAGAAUUGGCAAAGAACGAACAUGCCUACGCCUGACUUAGGAUUCUGAUUAAAAAAUAAAAAACAAACAACAAGGAGGUGUGUGAUAUAAUCUUGUGAUACACAAAAUUGUUGGCAGAAAGUUGUGUUUUCAUGUAGUCACUCAUAGUAAGAAACUUAAAUUAAGCUUUCGGGAGCUUUUAAGUCAGGGAAUUAGUGCAGGUUUGCUUUAAUGCGACCCAUUCGCCAGAAUAAAUGUUGGCAUUGUACGUUUCUGUAAAGUGACGAUGCUGUGGUAAAUGUGUGGUUAGGUUUAGGCAUAAAAUAAUCUUGGGUAGUGUUAGAGAGGGUUAUGUUUUGACUUAAAAAUACCCAGUUUGGUCGCAACAAUCGGCGACCAUAACCACAGCUAAAAAUGUUCCAACAUCUCGUUUAAAAAUACCCGGUUUUGUCGCCACUAAUAUGGCUGGAAAUGUGCCGACAUCACGUUAAAAAAAUAAUCAGUUUUAUCACCAUUAACGAAGCUGGAAAUGUCCUGACAUCUUGUUUUGAAUGACACGGUUUUGUCACCACAAACACAGUAGGAAAUGUCCUGACAUCCCUUUAAAAAAACUCGGUUUUGGUGCCAUAAACACAGCUGGAAAUGUACCAACGUCUUGUUUAAAAAAAAAAACCAAAACAGUUUUGUAGGCAUUAUUGCAGCUGGAAAUGUCCUGACAUCUUGUUUCAAAUGACAUGGUUUUGUCACCACACACAUGGCUGGAAGUGUGCUGACAUCACCUUAAAUAUAUUCAGUUUCAUCACCAUUAAUGCAGCUGGAAAAACCCUGAUGUCUUGCUAAAAAAUACCCGGUUUUGGUGCCACAAACACGGCUGGAAAUGUCACUAGUCUCCAACAGUGGUCCUCUGCUCAGAAGCCAUCACGCCAUCCACCAUCCUCUCCUCCUUCUGAUGAGAAACUCUUCUCAUAUACAUGUAAUCUGAACUAAGUCACUUUAGAAAUGUUGAUAUAAUAACGUUUGGAACGCACAAAUCUGCCAUUUACGGUUUGCAUAAAUACACAAUGCCAGCAUUUGAUUCUGUCGACUGGGCUGAGUGAUGCAGUAUCAGGGACAGAGGCAGGCCCCAGAAUGUGUACUUCUUUAAUAAUAGAAAGCCAAUGUGACACGUGGUAGUAGCUGUGUAUUGUUGCUUAAAUCUAGCUCAGUGUUGUGUACUGUCAGCCUUGUUCCAGCUCUCUCUCAGGACUGGAGCGUCUCUGGCAGUACGCCACACUGAAUAUGAGUAGAAAUAGUUUUUAAGUUGCUUAUAAAGGUUGCUUUCCCAGGACAUUGUACAUGUGUAUGAGUAAUAGCUACGAAUCAAAUAAGAGCUUUGAUUGUUGCCUGUGAUUGUUGCUGUCUUGUGUAUUUCAGCUUUGUACAAACUCAGUUGCCUUAAUUACAAAGAUGGUUUUGCAGCACUGCUGUAAAUGUUUAUGUUUAUGACAUUUUCUUAUCGUCAGUCUCCCUUGUUCUCAUCUAACAGGUUUAUCAUCACGACAACUGUGCCUUGCUUUGUCUUGUUCAUUCAGUAACUACCUAAUGAUGUUAAGAAACCUUUUUGGUAACAUUGCACACACAUGUUCAGCAAAGGGAAUUCGUGCUGCAAAACCAUCUCGUUAAAGAUCAUUUAAUGUGUGUUAUGUGGACAGAAAUGAUUUCAUCUCCAUUCACUCACGCUGUUAGCUAUACUGAAUUGGAUUUCAAAUUGUGUGUCAGACUGAAGUGGAGCUUUUUAGUCUUUUAAGAUUCAUGGAAAUAAAAAUGCGUUGCUGCCCUGGA